AUGGCAGACGACAAGCCAGAUCUGGAAGACCUACAACGGAAGCGAUCAAAUGCGCAGCAGAGCCUAACAACGCAUACUAACCACCUUAAUGUCAACGCUGGUCGUCUAGGUACAGGAAAAUUGUUGGAACGCGACUAUGAUAUAUUCGUCGAGGCCUGCAAUAAAUAUAUCGAAGAACUGGGACAGAUAGACUCAACGGACGACAACUGUGAGUUUAGUGACACUCUGACAAAGAGGGACACCAUUGUGCAAAGGCUGAGGUACUCAGGAGGAAAAGUGCACUACAGUGGAGUCAGCAAGAGGCCAGAAGGAAGGGACUGGAUCAAGAACUCCACAAACUCAGAGACGCUGUGUAUGGUUGGAAAGACUAUCGGCCAUACGGAGGAACUGAUGGAUGAGUGGUCAUGCUGCCAGGAUAACAAACGGGAAGAUGGGCAUACCCGACCAGUAACUCGUGCUAGUACCACCCCACCUGUUCAAACCCACUCAGCUAUCAGGCAGGGCACCAUAACUGGCACCAGUCCCCCUCAACAGCCUCACCAACCUAAUUAUGGACCCACUGUCAGCUUUACUCAGCCUCUAACCCUCACCAGUACACCACAGCCACUGAGGUUUCACACUGCUCCCACCAACACCAGCAUGGAACAAAGGGGCAUUGUGCCCACCAGCAACUUUGACCAGACAGACGGAGAGACCAUCUGCUCUCCUGACUGCUUCUUAGCCACAGCAAUCUCCUGCAAAGACACUGCACUCACCGUCUUCUCCUGUUUCACACCCAUCACAGCUGGCCGCAGCAUUGAGCCGUGGUUUAUGAGGAACAACCACCCAUUCUUCACUGAGCUGGACUGGAACAGUUUGCUGAGACAGAAGGCGGAAUUCAUCCCUCAUCUGGAGUCAGAGGAGGACACCAGCUACUUUGACACCCGUUCGGAUCGUUAUCACCACAUCAAUACAUACGACGAGGAUGACACCAAUGACGACGAGCCGGUGGAGAUCAGACAGUUUUCCUCCUGUUCUCCUCGCUUCAGCAAGGUUUACAGCAGCAUGGAGCAUCUGUCUCAGCUGGAGCAGAAAGCUACGACCUCGGUGCCCCGUCGGGAGCACAAGGGCCCACGGGAUGACAAGGUGACCAAGAGAGAGAGCCUGGGCAGCUUCAGCAUGAGGGACAAGGGCUGGAGGACUGGAUCACCUGAGAUGAAACGCCUGUCCUACUCAGAGUCCCUCUGCAUGGAGGGCGAUUCGAGCCCUCCCCUUGGUGCUCGGCGACGCUUCUCAGCACUGAUGGAUACACAUCGCUUUGCCUCACCCCUAGAGGGUGAGUCAGACUUCCUGUCACGUCAGGCCCCCAUCAAGGUCCGCGGAACCUCGCUGGACGGGACCAGUGUCCCAACACCGGGUCUCCUGGAACAGAAGGCCAGUCUGAAAGAGAUAAAUGGAGCAGACAAGCCCCCCAGGCCUGGAGAGACACCAGGCAUUAGCACGGCAGUCCCCACAUCAUCCUCAGGUCCUGUAGUAACCGGCCGUGAUGUGAUGACCCCUCUGUAUGACCCACUGGGGCCGCGGGCCACCAAUGACCUGGUGCUCCGCAGGGCACGCCACCAACAAAUGUCUGGUGAAGGAGAGAAACGCAACUCCAGAGGUGGCAACAAGGUCAUAAAGUCAGCCUCUGCAACGGCCCUGUCUGUCAUUAUACCGUCAGUGGAGCAGCAUGGUGGCUUCUCUCCGCUGGCCAGCCCCAUGUCUCCUCACUCUUUUUCAUCCAACCCUUCGUCUCGUGACUCGUCACCAAACAGAGACUUCUGCCCGGCAGUCAGCGUGCUGCGCCCCCCCAUCACUAUCCAUCGCUCUGGAAAGAAGUAUGGUUUCACCCUUAGGGCCAUCAGGGUCUACAUUGGAGACAGUGACAUCUACAGCGUGCAUCAUAUUGUUUGGCAUGUGGAAGAUGGCGGUCCUGCCCAGGAAGCUGGUCUUUGUGCUGGUGACCUCAUCACUCAUGUUAAUGGAGAGCCUGUCCAUGGUCUGGUUCACACUGAAGUGGUGGAGCUUAUCCUCAAGAGUGGUAACAAGGUGACAGUGACAACUACACCUUUCGAGAACACCUCCAUUAAAGUGGGACCUGCAAGGAAGGCCAGUUACAAGUGCAAGAUGGCUCGACGAAACAAAAGGACCAUGGCCAAAGACAGCCAGGACAGUAAGAAGCGUAGCUCCUUGUUCCGUAAGAUCACAAAACAGUCCAACCUGUUACACACCAGCCGCAGCCUGUCCUCUUUGAAUCGCUCUCUGUCCUCCAGUGAGAGUCUUCCUUGCUCCCCAACUCACAGUCUGUCUGCAAGGUCUCCCACUCAGGGCUACCGCUCCACCCCUGAGCCGUCAUACUUGGGUGCUUCCUCCCAGAACAGCUCUCCAGCCUCCAGCACUCCAAACUCCCCUGCUCCCUCACAGCACAUGAGGCCCAGCUCCCUGCAUGGCCUCUCACCUAAACUCCACCGACAGUACCGCUCUGCCCGUUGUAAAUCAGCUGGUAAUAUCCCUCUGUCCCCGCUUGCUCACACACCUUCCCCUACCCAGGCUUCUCCACCACCUUUACCAGGUCACACCAUAGGAAGCUCCAACACCACCCAGUCUUUCCCUGUCAAGCUCCACUCCUCGCCACCGGUGGUGCGUCCCAGACCCAAGAGUGCGGAGCCUCCUCGUUCACCGCUUCUCAAACGGGUACAGUCAGCAGAAAAGCUGGGCUCACCUUUGAGCCAACCCAGCUCUACAGGAGGACUGGGUGGUCCACUGAGGAAACACAGCCUGGAGGUGCAGCACUCUGAGUACCGCAAGGAUGCUUUCCUCUGUGAACUCGGGCUCCAGAGUCUGUUAGAGACAGAAGGGGAAAAUUUGCCUCCUCGUCCUCCGCCCCUGCCCUCAUCCUUGACGACACCAGAGACAGGUGUGCUGAAGCCUGUGAGGAGACUUGGGAGGCAGGAAUCCCCACUUAGCAGAGAAACACUGUUGGCAGGGAGGGAGAGGGAAGAGAGGGAGAGAGGAAGGGAGAGGGAGAGAGAGAGAGAGACAGAGACUGGGUCAAGUCGAGUUGUUGCAACAGCACCCCAGUCGUCAUUAACAAGAAAACCUCAUACAAGUGAGCUGCCCUUGAACUCUCAAAGCUCCAGACUUGGAGUCGAAACCACUACUAGCACCCCUACCAAAAUAAAAGCAGGUCUAAGUGCACAGAAAGCACCUGAAAAAAUCCAUCAGGGUCAGGUAGACUUUAGUCAAAAGCAAUUGGACCCAAAGGCUAGUAAAAGUCUAUCUUAUAGUAAAAAUCCCCAGGAGCAGCAGCUAGGAGCUACAAGUGGACCAAAGCAGGAUGGAAGCAACAAGAGUGUUCACACUAGGCCGGGUUUACUUGGUGCUGCCUUCACUAAGAGCUCUUCUUCCUCUCCAGAUAAAUCCAUGGGCAUCAACUUGACAAUGACAGCAGGUCCUCCGAGUAUAAACAAAACCUUUAAACCAAGUAUGGGGGACAGUCUGAGGAAGGCUGGAGCUGAGAGCAGUGACUCAAGGACUCCAGACCUUGGCUCUAAAAGCCCCAAGCUUCCAGCUCGGAUCCUCGCUCCUGUUGUUCCCUCACAUGGGCAGUCGCUCUCUCUGGGUAAGGUGAGGCAGGGACUAGGAGGAGUCAACUGCUACAGGGGAACCCUUGAUUGGGAUGACAAAUGUCGCCUGGAGGUGGUAGAAGAGCAUUCACCUUCCCCCUCUCCCUCACCUACUGCUGUCGCCCCCUCGCUCUGUGGCCCUUCCCUUUGUAAGUCGCGUCCUGCCUCCCCUGGCGACAAGACAAGCUUCGUCAGCCAGCUGACCACUGUGGCCAAAAAUGUCCUCGGGCCAAUCAAGCUUGGCUCCCUGGAGGGGGUCAAGUUCAAAGACCAGCAGACUAAGGCAGCAGAGGAAAAGCAAGGAGGAACUGCUGGGAAGUCCGACACUCCCACUGGAGGUCGAGUGGUUGCAGGAGCUGCAGUGGUCACCCAAAGCCCUGCUGGAUCCCCACUAGAAAAGGCUGCAACAGGCAACAGCCCACCGAAAAUGUGACCUCAUGGUCUCUCACACACAAAAAAAGAUGCCUUUUUUUUAACAAUGCGACAGAAGUGAAGCACUUAAAAACACUGUACAUUCCAAUUUUAGAUUAUAUAAAAUGUAAUUUAUUGAUUCUAAUCAUUGACUGAUUCCAGGAGUAAACCAGGAGUAAAAAACAUCUGUAAAUGUGCAUUAACUAUUGCUUUUCUAUAAUAAAUUAUUUAAUAAGACUCUUAAUGUAAUGUGGAACACUUUAUCCGAUGUACAUGUGUGUGGGUCUCAGUGAAUGCAUGUCGUAUGGUAUGUACUGUACAUGUUUCAUAGGUACAAGAGGUCAAAAAGUGCUUUACUGAUCAAAACAUGCUGAAUACUGUGAAUACCAAAUCCUGUCACUCUGUUUUGUCUGUCAACCAGCUCUUCUACUGCUUAUACAAGGCAAUGGAACAGGGUGGGGGAACUGAGGCACAGUCAAAUGAUGUUGUUAUCAAACGACACGAAUGACACGCAGCGUGAGUGGUUACGGCACGAAAGCAACAAGAUGAUUAAGCUAAUUUCUCCAUCAUCCAGCAGUUUGCUUUCUCUGAGUUGCACUCUGACAUUCUGUUAGCGGUUGUCACAUCAAGAAGCACUGUCUACUUCUCAGUCAGGGGAUUGUGUAGUGUGUGUGCACGCGCGUUGGUGUGUGUGUAUGUGAAGCGACAUUGGGUCUAUUCCUGGUGGUUCUCGGAGGCUGUAUCCUGCUGCACAAGAAAGCAGGCUUGACAGAGCCCAGGCUCAGCGCUUAUCUCUCUUGUGCAGGAGAGCUGCCACAGCUCUUUUCUCCCUCUGCUUCUGACUAUCAGGCCGACUGGCCACACAAACACAUACACAGGUGCACAAACGCAUCCACACAUCACCAGCCAAGAGGCAGCAACGUCAGCAGCUGAUUUUCAUGCAUUUAAAUCCAUUCCCUUGAGCUCUACAAACUGGGACGCGCGAAUGUGUUAGAGAGCGAGCGAGCUGAGAGGUGUGUGUGAACAUAUAUGUCUUUUCUGGGGAUAAUAUAACUCGGCACGGUUGACUCGCCAAGGGUCAUGACCAAAACUGUGUUGGACAUAAAUGGGAAGCAAUUAGGAUUCCAGUAACAGUCUCAGGAUUUUUAACAAAUCCUACUGGCAAAGGGAAGAUUUGUUGUCAUAACGCAUCACAUAAAAGGCUUUAGAAAAUAUUGUAAGCACAUAUACACUGAACCCAUACAAGAACAGGAGAAGCAGGCAGUCAUGGAUGUAGCAUACCGUAAUAUAUUUGUUAAAGGGCUCUAUAGCUGAGAUAGGGUUUGUGGAUGUGGUGUAUCACAAAGCACCCGUUAUUGUACAGACAAGGUCAUCUUCAGUAUAUUCAGAAUGACUGUUAGCUAGGUAAUCAAGUUGUUUUUUAUUAAUGUAUUGGUCAUUUCUUUUGGUAUAUGACAUAAUGAUAAUUGUGUUUGAAUCACUUUCAGCUGUAGCAGGGGUUAAACGGAUACAAAUCUUCACAGGAUAUUAAACUUCUCCUGUUGGACUCAUUCAUCUCUAUAUAGCUCAUGUCUCAGUAGCUAUCCACUGUACAUAAUCUUAUGCAACUCAUUUGCAGCUGUGUGGCAGGACUGCUGUCCCCGCACAGCUUUGAUGUGCUUUUUGAAUUUCACUCUCUUGUCUCUGAUUUCAUUGAAUUUAUUUGGAUUCUUCCUGGCUCUACCAACGUAAACUGAUCCAUCCAGCAAUGACACGCAUAAACAGGCUCAACUUGUUGGGUAUCCACUUUUUACUCUCAUCUGUUUUUGGACUGGGUCAUUUGUGCUCAGUUUAAGCUGGAAGCUCUUGCUCAGUGUUACUGGCAGCGAUGUCUUGGUUUUAUUCGUCUGAAAAAUGUUAAAAAUGAAUUGAAUAUGGCUAUAGGCAGUUUCGGCAUUUUUACAUCAAGUCAUUAAUGUGAACACCUUAGCUCAAUGUGUUUUUGAUGCAAUAUGAACAAACUUGAAUCCAUUUAUAUCCAUGAAUCUAAUUCUAUCUACUAUUGUUUCAUGAUGUACUACUAAUUUUACACAACACAAAGUCAAAUGUCCCAUGCAGUACAUAAAUUAGCCAGUGAGUUUUCUUUUAAUUUGGCGUGGUACUCUGCUGCCAUCCAGUGGAUUACAAUGUUCACUGUUCAUGAGUUUUUCCUGUAAUGAAGCCGUGACCAUAGGUUUACUGAAGAUCGGUUGUUAUUAGCCAUAUGAGGUUACUGAAUAUGCAUUAAUGUAUCAGAGUAUUUGCAGUAAUUAUCAGAAAACACUUGAAACAUGAAUUUGCUCAUUUUUGUUGUUGUGUUUUUCAUGUGCCUGUUAACUAUAUCUUCUGGAAUAGGGAUUUACAUUUUUCAAUAUGCUGUCUUAUAUAUUCUACUGAUAGGAAGGAGUUCUUUUAUAACUGGAUGUAACAAAUGUGUCAUCUGGUCAGCUCUGAUGACCUGAUGAACAAAACUUAACUGUAAUGUACUCUUAUACAGCUAUUACCCACUUUCAGGCCUUCUCCCAGUCAAUGGUGUCUAUACUAGUGUUUUAUGUUUGAUAAUUUAUUUAAUGUAUUUGACAGAGAGAGUUGUGUAAAUGCACUUUAUUCAAUUAAAAAAAACCUUAAUUUGCUGAUAUUGGUUGUAAGUUACUUUGAAUGAGUAAAUAUAUUGUAUAGAAAUAGAAAAUACUGAUGUUACAAAUGAACACAAACGUCCAAGUAUAAAAACAUUCCACGUUUCUCUGUUCACUGAAAAAGGUUUUUUUUUGUGUGUGUGUGAUAGAUGUGAUUCCAAUGCAGACACCUGAAGUGCAGUAUGUGGAAUAAAAUUCUGACAUUUGUUCCAAAA